CAACGUGUCGGUAAGCGCCGCCGCCGCAGCAUGCUCCAGUCGGUCGUCGUCCGCAUCCUCCUCAUGGCCGUCUCGGGCUCCUUGGUCUGGGAGGUGCAGUCGCCGCCCAAGGCCUUCGAGAACGAGUACAUCAUCGACGUUCCGACCGUGUACGUCGACGGUCCGGCCUCGGCCUUCUUUCCCGUCGUCAUGAUGCAUGGCAUGAACGACGCCGGGCACAAUGGCCACAUGGAGCGCAUGCGCAACGUGGUCUCCGAGACGCUCGACGGCGCCUACGUGACGAGCGUCCAGAUCGGCAAGAACGUCGCCGAGGACGAGUACAACAGCGUGCACUUGACCAUGGACGAGCAGGUCGCGCGCUUCGCCGCCAUCGUCGCCAAGGACCCGAAUCUGCGCAAGGGCUUCCAUGGCAUCGGGUUCUCCCAAGGCGGGCUAAUCCUCCGCGCGUACAUUGAGCGCUACAACGACCCGCCCGUCAUUGGCUUCCUCGCCUGCCAUAGCCCGCUCGCCGGCAUUGGCGCGCUCCCGAUCUGCAACCCCAACGAUUUUGGCUGCCGCCAGCUCAACAAGAUUGUCGGCGCUGUCGCCUACUCGGACGAACUCCAAGAGCACCUGGCGCAGAGCAAUUACUACCGGGACCCGACGCGCAUCCAGGAGUACCUCGACCACGUUCACUUUCUACCGGACCUCAACAACGAGUGGGCGACCGUCAAUACGACGUACGCUGCCCACUUCAAGUCGCUUCGGCAGCUCGUGCUCGUCCGUGCUAUGCGGGACAGCCAAGUGGCGCCGAGUCUCUCGUCGUGGUUUGGCGCCUACAAGGAUGGCGACUGGUCGACGCUACUGCCCAUGAACGCGACGCCAUGGUACACCACGGACGCAUUUGGGCUGCAGUCGCUCGACGCGGCGGGCAAGAUCACGCUCUACGAGACGCCGGACGACCACCUCCAGUUCAGCGACGAGACGCUCGCGGGCUGGGUGCGCACGCACUUUAAACCUGCCUCGAUGCAGCAGCUGGCGUAGACUGCCAUAAAGAGUGUGUUUUUUAACUUAUCAUAAAGAGCUUUGGUUCCUCGUG